AUGCGAGUUCUCAACUCUCGCACCCUCGAGUUUGACGACGGGACUUUCAAGUAUGGCGAACACGAUUAUGCCAUUGUGUCGCACAGAUGGGUGGAUCAAGAAGUAAACUACCAAGAAAUGCUGAGCCCUACCCCCGAAACAAAGCAGAAAAAGGGGUACCAGAAAAUUGAACGGGCUUGCCAACAGGCAGUGGACGACAAAUUGGAAUACCUAUGGAUCGACACGUGUUGCAUAGACAAGAGCAGUAGUGCCGAACUCUCAGAAGCCAUCAACUCUAUGUACAUUUGGUACCUAGAAUCUGCUAUAUGCUAUGCAUAUCUGGAUGAUGUAUCCGACGGUAUCGAUGCACACACGGACCCGGAGUUCGCGGCAAGCAAGUGGUUCACAAGGGGCUGGACGUUACAAGAGCUAGUUGCCCCCGGAACCCUUGUCUUCUAUUCGGAGCACUGGCAUGAGGUCGGCCGUAAAAGUACCCUGUCCCAGCCGUUAUCCAGAAUCACAGGCAUAAGCGUAAAUGUUUUAACGGGCGCUAAGAGCGUGCUUUCUAUGAGCAUUGCGCAGAGGAUGUCUUGGGCUUCUAAAAGAGAGACAGCAAGACCGGAAGAUCGCGCGUACAGCCUUAUGGGGCUGUUUCACGUUAAUAUGCCGAUGCUUUACGGAGAAGGAGGAGAAAAGGCAUUCGUCAGGCUACAGGAAGAGAUCAUGGCAGACUCUGACGAUGAAUCGAUAUUCGCCUGGACGAAUGGCAACGCUCACGCAAAUGACCUUUACGGUCUCCUCGCAACAAGCCCGGCCUGGUUCAAAGAUUCCGGAAGCUUUGUACCCUACGAAGACUUUGAACCUAGAGAGCCUUUCUCAAAAACGAACAAGGGCCUACGCAUAUCUUUUCACCUC